CUUACAUUGGUGUUAGGAGUUCUGGUUCUCAAGUUAUAAACGACAGUUUGUCGCUCUUAUGUGUAAAUGCGAACAUGUUGCAAAAUAGAAAUACUAAAGUCACGAUGACCCGAAGUACCAGGCACCUAAAUUUGAGAUUUUGAUUUGGCAAUAUUCCAAUAUUUAGUUGUAAUAGAUCGAACUACAAAAGAUGCAAAGCGAAAUUUGUUUUUCGCAUAUAAACUCUUUUAGCUGCGAAAGUAUCUACCUGGAGUUUGAUUUAUUAUGCAGGAGGUUACAAGUCUUCAAAAUCUGGUUUGGAAAAAAAGUUUGUUGAUCAAUGCAUAGGCAUAGCCUAGCGAAGAAUUGGAAAGAUUGUCGAAAACCUUUACUAAUUUAUUUGGCGUUUCAGUGCUAAUUAUACGAAUUAGUUGUGGGAUUCUUGCAUGCAAAAUUUAAACAAAAAUUAGUAGAAAUAAUGCUCACAAACUACCAUCAAUAGAUUUAUGUCAGAGCUUCGAAAACCAUAGAAGGUUCACUGGAAAAGGCGGCUAGGAAAAUCAAAUACCUAUUAGUAGCAAGAAAACACAAAAACUUUGAAAGAUGUAAAUAAAAGGAUUGGUAAAAGAGUCAGUAAUGGAAUCUGCAUAAUGUACGACACAAAAGACUCGCCCUCUAACGAUAGAGUUGAAAAAGAACAUAUUGAGUUUUGGAAAGAAUGUGGGAGAAAUAGUUUUCCAAUUCACUUAAUGUUCUUAUCGGAGAGGCAAACAAAAGUAUUUUUUUUGUGGCGGCCAGAAAAUAAAUUUUAGACGAGAGAAAAUUUUGUAUGGAUUUCUAAACCUUAAAAUCUACUAAGAUAACUACUAUAAUAACAAAUAAAUAAAUAUAUUUCACAACUAAGUAUCUAUCUUUCUAGCAACAUUUUUACAGAAAUUUUAUGGCUGUAUGGGGUGGAAAUAAGUACUUUUUGGAUAUACUUACUAGUAAACAUCAGAAAUAAGAUCUUUGACUCAAGAUAAAAAAGAAUAAUUUACGUACUAUAGUAGUAACAGCAUUUAUAACCUCCGUUUUAACACUUUGAACUAUAGAAACACCUGCCAUGACCAACAACAAUAUUUUUUCAUGUUUUGAGUCUUUUUUCCACAACAAGUCUUGAUCAAAAAGGUUUGUUAUUAUGCGAUGCCGCCAAAAAUGUUAAUAAAUAUACAGACCGAAAACAUUCAACAACAAAUCGAAUACGCAAUAUGGUUGCUUCAUCUUUAUUCUCGAAUCUUUACUUUCUUUAUCUUUAAGGCUCGAAUACACGGAACAAUUUUGCAGAUCAAUUUUCAAAAUAAAAUAUUGAACUAAAAUUGAUCUAAUAUUGUUGCGUAUAUAUCGUAGAAAAAUAACAGAACGAUAAUGCCAUAAUGACGUAAAAACACUCAAAAAUUGAUCUAAUAAAAUCAAACCGGUUUGAUUUUAUUAGAUCAAUUUUUCGUCGGAACAAUAUUAUUUCAAAGGAAACCGCCAGCUGCUCACUUUUUUUCGAAACUCACGCUCGGUAUUUUAUUCAUUUCAAAUGUUUUUAUGCACGUAAAGAGAGUAAAUGAAGAGAAACGCGACUAAACAUGUCAGAUAAUUUUGUUUUACCAAGUACGUUUAGAUCGUAUCAAGCCGCAAGGCAAACUGAAUUAAGAUCCUCAAUUCCUGACAAUGACAAUUCGCAGGACACGCAAAAACGGAGUGAACCAGCUGAGGAGAUUGCACAACCUGAAACAGCUGUGGUUGCAAAAAAACGUGGCAGACCUUCAAAAAAGUCAUCCGAAAAAAGAGAUUGGGAUGAUAACGAAAUCUUUGUUCUUAUUGAAACUUGGUCGAAUCACGAUAAUCUCUACAACACAAGAAACAGCCAAUAUUUUAAUCGUGGUACACGACAAAAAUCUCUUGAAAAAAUUCAGAAAGAAUUAGCAGACCAAGGUAUUUUUGCUUCAGUGAAAGAUAUUGCAGAUAAACUCACAAAUCUAAAGACAUACUAUGGUGGUCAAAAAAGAUCUGUCGAAUCUUCAAAGGCCAGUGGCGCUGGAGCUGAUGAUGUUGUGGUAAAUUAAAUUCAGAUUGUUCUUUAUAUUGUCUCGUGUAUGUAUACAAAAAUAUUAAAUUAAUUUAAGAAUUGAGUAAUUAUUGACCUAAAAUUUUUGUAUGUAUUUUUUUCAACAAUAUUCCGAAAAAUAAUAUUUUUCGAAAAUUGAUCUGUAAAAUUGUUCCGUGUAUUCGAGCCUUUACUCGUAAAUUUUUUUAGUAAGUUAGGUAGUAUAAAUGAAAAUAUGUUCGUCACAUGUUGUUCAACAUUUUAUUUUGUUAUUAGCAUUUUUAAUUUUUUCUUGUUUAAUUUAAUAAUUUGUGCCUACAUUAAGAGCACUUGUUACGUUCUUCAGAAAAUUAAAGGAACCCAAAUAUUUGUUUCUAACCGGAAUAUUUGAAGCGAGGCGAAGCCUUAACUCAUAAUGUCCAUCAAAAUUUCCGUAACUGGUAAAUAGAUGCAGAUUUUUGGCUUUUGCAGGAGGAAAUAUUCAUAUUAGGGACAAUUUUCAGUGAGUAAGA